AUGGAGACGCAGGCUCGCGCAUUGGAGGAGGAGGUGCGGCAGCUAUGCGAGCAGGAGCAGACCAAGCAGACGGCGCUGCUCAAGCAGCGCCUGUACAGCCGUGUGGGCCAGUUCCUGAUGGGAAACCUGGAUAUGCGCCACUGGUGGUGCGGCUACUCGCCGCUAAUGGUCUUCAUGAUGCGCGUGCUGGAGCUUUAUCCGUCUUCCGAGAGCGUCUGCGUCUUUUACAAGAGGAUGGAGCAGCAGCUCGGCUUCUGUCGUAAAUGUGUGGAUAUCUAUCACGCGUCUAUGCCGAGCGUCCACGUGGAACUGGAGUACGAAUUCACACCCGAGUCGAUCAAGGCAUUCUUCAUCAAACUACAAGGCCUGGAUGCUGAUCGGAUCCAGCGCCAGCUGACAGAUAAGUCCAUGGGCUUGGCUCUGCGGGAGACGUCGGAGACGGUGGCUCUCACACUGUACGAGGUGCUCACUCAACGACGACUACUAUCAGACUUUCGGGUGGUGCGGGUGCUGUCCAGGUGGGCUUCGUCUCGGUUUGCAGAUGUGAAAGUAAAUCAAGGCUUGGAAAGUCUUCGUGGCUGUGCUGGUCUGUAUCAGCUACUGGUGCUACCAGACCCUGUAGUGAGAGAAUGGGCACAGGAUAUGGUAAAACACUUCGGUAAAAUCCAGCUUACGGGCGAUAAUGGCGCAGACAAACACUUUCUCGAUGUGAUGGAAGAGUGGAUGUACGUACUGGAAAACGAAGCAUUUAACAAACCUGUGCUGUCGUUGGAGCUGAGAACGACAGAAGACCUCCAAGAUUUUUUGGAGCCGACAAAUUGUGUGAAGACUCCAACCAAACAAAAUUUGUGGUCAGCGCUGGACCAUGUCAUGCAGCAAAUGGACGUACACAGUUUGGAAACGAUGUUAGAAUCCUUCGACACGAUUCCAGAUUUAGUAUUCAACUUUCUGCAGUGCGCAGACCCAUCCGGAGACCAGACGAUCACGUUGGUGGUUUCCAAGUGCCUCGCUGUUCUUUUACGCUGUCUUGGGCAUCGGUUUUGGAAUCACUGCGUGCACUCUCCGGCGAUCGUGCUUGAUGUGAUAAUGCAGCAUUGUCGUCUCGAAUCGUGGCGUGUGUUUGUUACGAAGCAGUUUAUUGAGCUCCUACCACCGCUGCUUGUGGCAAUGCGACCGCCUCAAUCCAAUCAAGAAAAACUCGACUUUUAUCUGAAGGCGCGCAGCAAAAUCCUUCAGUUUUUAAUUGUUGAAGAUCUCCGCCCUAAACAUUUCAACACAACUGCCAUUGUCGCGAUGUCAAGAGCGACUUUCACCAUUUUAAACGACUGCUACGAGCACAGAAUGCCCGGGUCUGUGAAGAAUAAACGUGGAAGUGGACGAGAUGAAGGCGCGCUGUCAGAGUCGAUUUCUAUCGACUACUCUGUCUCUGAGAGUGCGUUUUGGUGGCCAUGCGGCUCGGAAUCGGGAGGAAAAGGCAACGUGCAGCUGGAGAAGCUGUGGAUGGAUCACCUGCUCAACAUUGUUGUCAGACCUACCAAUGUCGAGUCUCUAGUGGACUUAGCAGCAGAGACGACCGCUCUCAUACUGAGCAAACAUCUACAGCUUGCUCGAGAUGUCGUGUACUCGAGUAUUGUUGCGAACAAUGACGAGAAAGCAGCAUCGAUUGAAGCUGUGACGAAGGGGAAGCCGAUCAUCACUGACUUACUGAGAAAGCUAUGCGCGUGGAGUACGGUCACAACGAUCCCACUUCAAGUUCACGGAGCACUUUUCGAGUCCAUUGGAGGGAUUUCAGAACUACUGAACGGCGUUGAAGCUCAAACCAACUCCAGUGAGCAGCUGAAAGACAUUGCCGACAAUUUACGUAAAUACGAGACCCAGACCCAGCAAUAUCUCCAUCGAAUAUGCGAGGAAGUGCUGCUGAAGGGCUUGGCCAACCCGUUUGGCUUUCCCGUGGUGUCUCAGCACAUCAGUGCCUGCUACUUGAGUCCGACAAGUGCUGUAGACCAGCAAGUGAAGAGACUCAUUGGCAAAUAUGCUGUUGACAAGAAAAGACCGACGCAAGUGCCUUCUCCACUGGAGGCUCUUCUCAUUUCAGUUUAUCGGAAUGCCGAGGCCUUUUUACGCGGCCAGCUUUCCAUGCUGCAGUCCAUGCGUCUGUACGGUUUCUCGCAUGCCGUCUGCUUGCCUGCCGUGAAGAAGCUGAUUUUUGUGUGGUCUCGCGUCUACGACAUUAUGGGCGGCGAUCUGGAGAAAGUUUUCCAAAAGGCGUCGAAUGCCAAAGCCGCGGCCUCAUCAUCGCACCAAGUGACGGACACUGGUAUCGCUGCGGCACACUUACUGAAGCUUCCCAACUUGAUCAAUGACUUCUUGAUCGCACUACUGACAGCCUUGUUUGACCGGAAAACAAAACUCACGGUGGAGAUCACGGAAGCAACACGCGUGCAAUGUCUCGACUUCGGGAUAGCGUUCUGGAAGUUCUGGACGUCCGUGUUGAAAGACGCGAGUGUGUCCAGCAAGCGCGUGACAGGCAUCAUCAGUCCGUUGGUUGAGUGCAUUGCACGGGGUUCGUCGUCGGAGAACAAGCGAGCUGCUGAAUUGUUGAUGACGGUGUUGGGAUGUCUUCUGAAGGGAAGUACUCGUCUAGAUGAAGCCACUCUGUCCAUGAUCGACAGCAUCAAGGGCGAGGCAGCAGCGAUUGAGUCCAAGCAGUCCACUGACUUUGGUCGGAUGACAAAGAAGUUCCGACAACUUGACCAAACCUCCAGUUUUUUCACAAAGCGCUCGACCGAAGCAGCAGGCGUAAAGGACUUUGUGGACUUGACGUCACGAGCGAAAACGAAGCUCCCGCCGAAGCCCAAGACUUCUGCCAGUCUGUUUAGUUCUCGACCCAUGAGCGGGAAGUCCGCCGCUAGAGCUCCAAGCAACGCGUUAGUGGACCUCACUGGUAUCGAAGAAGUAUCGAACGAAGCAGCAGCUCGAAAGCAGCACAGCUUUUACUCUGAAGAAGAGUACCGCUUACCUCCAAAGAGAUCACCUUCGGCCAAGGACCAGGCUUCGAAAGCAAAGACUCCGUUUGAUAUGGCGCAAGUCAUAAAGGGGAUGUCGUACUCGCAUCCAGGCUCAAACAAGGUAGUACAACAGCGAUCGAGACAGCAGACUGACGCCAAUGUGGAAGAGCAGCCGGAAGACGAGGAAGAAGAUACGGAUAUGCGCUUCGCCGCCCUGUUCCAUCGGAUCAAAACUACGCGAAAGCCUAUCGCGGUUUGCUCUCUGUUGCCAUUUUACCGCCAGCUGCUGCAAGUUUGCAUGCCUGUCCUGUUGUCUGGAGAGUUCCAAAAUGAGCGAUCUGAUAAAGAGCUACAGGCACCCGGCUUAAGCUUCAAGAAAAGCGCCGACUAUGUCCGAGCGUUCCUUCCGCUGAUGGUGGAAGAAUGCAACAACGAAGUUCAAGAGGGACUUCGGAAGUGUUCUUACGGGAAUGGAGGACAUUUACUGCGCUACGAGUCCGAAAAGCCUCGAGAAGGAAUGCGAUGCAUUAGCUUUAGUAUUGUUCAGAAAGACGAAGGAUUACUUGCGAGCUCUCAAUCGAAAUUUGGUGGCAAGGGGCGACGAGGCUUCCAUGAGAAGCUGUUCCGGAAUGGUGACAUAGUCCUCGUGCAGAUUGCGGUGGGGAGUCAAAACCAGAGCGGAUUUAUGGGGAAACGCGAGUUUUUGGGGGUCAUUUUGAUCAGCGAGACGGAAAAAGGACGGAGACAGACUUCCUCGACGAAAAAGAGCAGCAAGAACGAGGAAGAAGAGUCCGUGAACGUGCUCUUCCUGAACGAUGGAGAGCUGGACAAUGCAACGGCAAGUGUGCGCUCAUUUUCAACGGAAGUGCUGGCAGCUAGCGCCAUCGCCGACACGGAGUGGAAGGUGAAUCCACUCUGUAAUUUGGUCACGUCUACGCGUGAGUACAUCGCGCUUCGGUCCGUUGACAUGCUUCCUGAGCACUUGAGAACAGCUAUUCUGACCCCAGAAACAUACAAAUCGACGCAAUCAGAGCUGAUUACCAUCACGUUCGUGCUGGAUAAGCUACGUGGGGACAAAUCAAGCGAUAGCUGUGCAAAGAUCGUGAAGCUUCUCAAACGUUUAGGCAAGAUGGACGUGAUGCUGACAGAUUUAAGGUCUACCAGUAUAGGAAAGGCUGUGAACAAGCUGCGCAAGCACGAUGAUGCCCAAGUGAAGGCUCUUUCCUCCAAACUGAAAGAGAAAUGGACUGAUCUCAUGGACAAGAAGGACGCCCUGGAACGUGCCCCUCGCUUUUUAUCACCCGAACUAUGGGAAGCCAUCAAGCCUCAGUACAAUUCAUCUCAGCUGCAGUCCAUCCACAGUGUGCUGAAUAACUACAGCAUGGGUGUAUCUCUCCUUCAAGGACCUCCUGGUACUGGCAAAACGAAAACGAUAAUGGGUCUGCUGAGUGGUUUGCUGUCAUUGCGACUACCAGCUACUGCAGUGAUGCCGAUGAUAAGCUCCAAAACCAGUCCGAACGCUCAAGGGGGAGACUUCACGAACUUUGAGGCUGCGCGGUCUCGUCGGGUAAAGACUGACCAAUCUAGCGGACCGUCACCACGUGCUGAAGUGACGACGUUUUCUUUGAGUGGAGUCACGUCUGCAUUGGGGAGUAUCCUUCGUCGCUCCUCCGAUGCUUCCUCUUCCGGACCGAGUCGAACAUCCAUUCAGGCACUCAAGAACGUCCAGUCUUCACGCAGUCGAUUGGAGAACAAGUUGUCGUCUCGGACACACCAAUCAAGCUCAAACCUUGUAGUGAAGCGCCGUAUUAUUUCACGAGCAGCGUCGGAACGUUCGGCGAGUCGAACGAACAACAUUCUUCUUUGUGCGCCAUCCAACGGCGCAGUGAACGAACUGGUGCUUCGAAUCGUGACUGACGGACUCAUGGAUAGCUCUGGAAACGUUAUCAAGGUCCGAGCGCCGAGUGUGCAUCCAGAGGCACUGUCGGAGGAGUUCAUCUCCAUUGUCCGUCUCGGAAAUGCUGGCGAAGACGCAUCUGAAGUUGUAAAUUCUGUGUGCUUGCCGCACAUCAUUCGACGUGAAAUGGCCAUCCACCCGAAGGCAAUGCAACUGCACUCGCUCCAAGACACGCAACGACAGCUACGCAGCUCGAUUCGUGCCUUUCACAACAAAGCAGAAGAGGAUAAUGGGCAAAAGAAGGACCGAAAAGCGCUAGCCAAGAUGCACCAACAGCUUACGGAAUGCUCGGGCAAGAUCCGACGCUUGCGCGAUGAAGUGACUACGAUUCGAGCGAAAAUGACCGAGACUAUUCUGUCCAAGGCGAGCAUUAUCGCUUGCACGCUGUCAAAGGCCGGUAGUGGCGAUUUCUCGGAGCUCAAGCACGGCUUCGACGCCCUCAUUAUCGAUGAAGCAGCGCAGGCAGUGGAGCUCAGCACUCUUGUCCCCAUUCGGGAGCGAGUAGCGCGAGUUGUCCUGGUCGGCGAUCCGAAGCAACUGCCUGCUACAGUGAAAAGUGUGGUCGCAGCAAAGGCGCGAUACGAUCGAUCGUUGUUCGAGCGGAUAGCGGAGAGUGGAGUGGCCCCAUCGAUGCUUCGAGUGCAGUACCGAAUGCACCCUUUCCUACGGGACUUCCCGUCCAGGAGGUUCUACGGGGGAAUGCUAACCGAUGGACCCAGCGUUAUGGAAAGAGUCCAGAAGGUUUGUCCUGGUGUUUAUGCACGUACAAGCUUUCAACCUUUCCUGCUGUACGACGUUGAAAACUCACGGGAAGAAGACAUGAAUGGGUCCAAGUACAACCGAGUGGAGGCAGCAUUCUGCGUCAGUUUGUGUCAAAACAUGUUCGAAUGCUGUGCAGACGUGCGCAACAACAAGUGGAGCGUAGGAUUUGUGUCACCUUACAAGGAACAAGUGCGUGUACUGCGCCAAGAAAUCACUCGAUCGGGGAUCCCAGCGAGCGUUUCGAUCGAAGUGAACACGGUGGAUGGCUUCCAAGGUAGGGAAAAAGACGUGAUUGUGUUUUCGUGCGUUCGGUCGUCCAAGCGCGGUGGAAUUGGAUUCUUGCGAGACAUCCGACGUCUUAAUGUGGCUAUCACGCGCGCUCGGUUUUGCUUGUACGUGGUUGGCAAUGUGAAUACGUUGGUGCGGGAUGAAACGUGGGCGGCUCUAGUCAAGAGUGCUCGAGAUCGCAGACUUAUUAUUCGAUCGGAGGGUGACUCUUUUCCUGCAGUGGCGAAAAGACUUGAAAGCGACAAGUAUCGAGAGUUGGCUGCACAUUACAAGGCGAUGCACGACAAAGCAGCCCUUAAGGCUGUUGCUACCGCGAAGCCGACCAAGGCAAGUGCGGUGACGAGCCACAAAAGACCCGCGGAUGAUUCUCUGAGUGAAGCGAGUUUCAAGAAGCCUCGCAUAACUGAGACGGCUCCACCCACUGAAGCCGACUUGCGAGGUCAAUACGAGAUCCGAAGCUUUCGAGAUCGAAGUAGCUCAUCGACGCUAGGUUCGCGUCAGCGUGAAGGCCAUUCCCACGAGAGAGCUACGGAGCGCUCAUACGACAGGGAGCAGCGUAGGUCUCAGUACUCAAACUCUUCCAGUAGACGUGACAGCAGAUCUCGUGACUACAGAAGCUCGCACGACCGUGAACGAGGCGACAGUAGAAGCGAAGGCACAAAUAGCCGAUUCCAUACGGAUGAUCGUCGUGACCGCGAUAGCCGAGGCAAGUACCCACCUUCAGAAGGACGAAGCGCUUCUCGAUCUCCAUCCGCGUCGCUCGUAGUGCCGCCGUCAAUCUCUGAGAAGGAGUUCUGUCAGGCCAAUGAGCCUGCUCCUCCGUCGAAACCAGACCGUAUGCGGUCCAGCACUCCAAGGACGACAGGCAAACGACCGCAUCCCGAGUCGAGGUACCCACCCCCGCAUCCUGAUCGUCGCGAUCGCGUCUCGUCAAGUAGGAGCAGCUAUCUGUCCAUGACGAAUGAACCAAGAUCACGUAGAAACCACAACAGCAAUGCCAAGACUCCUACCGGUAGGAGCACCAACGUGCUGCGGAACAUCAUCGGCAGUGCUAAGAACCUGGCCAAGUCCACGUCGCGUGUGAACAACAAAACCAAUCCCCGAAGCUCUGAGUUCUCGUAA